AACUCUAUGAUUAAGUUUGUGCACAGUUGAGCGAGGACUGACGGUACAGUUCACCAGUCUCCUCCCAGCUGCUCUGCUGUGUGUUUGUCAAUUGGUGGAAGCUUAUGUCAAGCUGAACUAGCCCAUAACAAUCUUUGAGGGAGCGUUCAAGGAGAUGCCUGGCUAGUGACGAUGCAAUGGUUAGUGCUUGGGAUAUUAGAUCGGUUAACGGAAAUCUGACAUAACAGAUUCUAAAUGCUGAUUUUUCCUUGGGUAGCUUGCUAUGUCUGAUUUGCCUUAUGAGUGCUAUGUUAGCAAGCUAAUUGUUCGUUAGCUUAGCAUCUUCAACCUCAACAAAAGUAGCUGGUCUGAAGGUACCGCGCUGGAAGCACAGUUUGAUUGUUUUGGACUAUAACUUCACAUCAAAAUGAAGUUCGCCCAGGUUUUGUUGAAGAACAGCUCAAAAAUCAGCAUACCAAAGCAAGUGGAUAGAUUUUCCAAGUACUCUCCUUCUCCGCUCUCAAUGAAGCAAUUUAUAGACUUUGGGUCUGCCAAUGCUUGUGAGAAGACCUCCUUUGUGUUUCUGCGUCAGGAGUUGCCUGUCAGACUCGCCAACAUAAUGAAAGAAAUAGACUUCCUUCCCGACAAACUCCUCCGAACUCCGUCACUGCAGUUAUUACAAAGCUGGUAUGCACAGAGUUUGAUGGAACUUGUGGACUUCUUGGAGAAAGACCCUGAUGACAAGAAGGUCCUGAAAAAUUUCACAGAGACCCUCAUCAAUGUGAGGAACAGACACAACAAUGUGGUCCCCACCAUGGCCCAGGGAGUGGUAGAGUAUAAGGAAGCAUAUGGCGUAGACCCAGUGACCAAUCAGAAUGUCCAAUAUUUCCUAGACCGUUUCUACAUGAGCCGCAUCUCAACUCGCAUGUUAAUGAACCAACACACUCUCAUCUUCAGUGGAAGCACUAAUCCAGCCCAUCCUAAGCACAUUGGCAGCAUCGACCCCAACUGUGAUGUCGUGGAGGUGGUCAGAGAUGCCUACGAAAGUGCCAAGAUGCUGUGUGACCAGUAUUACCUGACCUCUCCAGAAGUGGAAAUCAAACAAGUGAACUCAGCUAAAGAUCCGAAUCAGCCAAUUCACAUUGUCUAUGUGCCUUCCCACCUUUAUCACAUGCUCUUUGAGCUCUUUAAGAACGCCAUGAGGGCCACCGUGGAAACUCACGAGACCAGCCUCACUCUACCACCAAUCAAAGUCAGGGUUUCACUGGGAGGCGAAGACUUGACCAUUAAGAUGUCUGACAGAGGCGGUGGUGUUCCUUUGAGGAAAAUCGAACGCCUUUUCAGCUACAUGUAUUCCACAGCCCCAAGUCCCGUGGCUGAUAAUUCACGCAACGCUCCUUUGGCUGGUUUUGGUUAUGGCCUUCCCAUCUCCCGUCUGUAUGCCAAGUAUUUCCAGGGAGACCUUCAGCUCUACUCUAUGGAGGGCUAUGGGACGUCAGCCGUCAUUUACCUGAAGGCCUUGUCCUCAGAGUCUGUGGAGAGACUCCCAGUGUUCAACAAGUCCGCUUUGAAGCAUUACCAGACCAGCAUAGAAGCAGAUGACUGGUGUAUCCCGAGCAGCGAACCCAAGAAGCUGGGGAAAUACGAGGUUAGUCGGUGAGCGAAGAGGCGAGCGAAGAGGCGAACUUGGCUCACGAAGGGGAGGAUGAGAAGGGAGAAUAUGAGGAAAGGUCGGAAUCAUUCGAAACUGUCUGUAAGGACCUAACAAAAUGGUGUGCAAAGACAGCGCGUAUGUGAAGACUGUUAUAUUGCGGUGGAAGCUUUGAGUGCACAUGCAUUUCGGGAACCAGACUUAUAGGAAUAAUUAAUCUACCACGCAUAGUAGGAUUAGAAUAAGUGACUUCAUGAAUGUUACAGUGUAGAAAAAGGGCAUUUGCAGCUUCCAUAUGUCGUAUUACCACCAUAUUCUUUUUGUUUUCAGUACAGUUCUAGUUUUUUUUUAAUUUUUCUUCCCCCAUUUUUCAAGGACUUUGAGGCCUCUGAAAGUUAAUUCCACUUUGUGCCAAACCAGAAUAGUAUGUUGUAUGGAUAUUGUCGUCUAUAAUUGUAAGGCAUGAAUAACUCUCAUGACUGAGUCUGAAUGUUACCUUUAAUUUUUCCUUCAUAUUUAUCUAUGGGGGCCACUUUCACACAAUCAAGUUAUGAUUAAUAUUUGACUAACCCCUCCCCCAUAAAGGAGUAAGCAUAUUCAGAGUAUGUAAUGCCCUAAAUGUUUGGCCACACUGUCUUUAAACCCAGUCACUGACAUUUGCCUAAUGUUUCAAAUUUAUUAACAAGAAAACAGUUUUUCUUGAAAAAAGUGAUGCUUAUUUAGAUGGACAGAGACUGAACUAAGUAAGAAUGUUAUGCCAGAUAGUUGUACAACUAGUUAUUUGUAGUUAUUUGAUGGUUUUAGUCCUUUUUCAAGAUUAAUCUUUUUUAUUCCUGUGUUAUACAAUUGUAUACUAUGUGUGUAGCUUAAGGUUUGAAUAAUUAACACUCCAAUUGUCAGUAGAAACUAAAACUGUUAGUGAGACUAACAGAAUUUUAUUUGACAAUACUGAAGUUAUUUCAGUGACAACAGCUGGUACUUUGAGUUAUAUAAAUCAGAACAAGAAAACCAAGCAGCAUUAAUCUUAAAGACUUUGAGCUUUUUUAACCUUUGCUUGUUGCAAUAAGUGUUUUCUUAACGACUUUGACUGCAUUGAUAAUUUUAAACCUCGAUCAAGUUAAUGCCGGAUAACCAGAUAUGUUUUUGCUGCAUUGGACCAUACACAGACUGGAUGGUCUUUUUGGCCACAGUUUUUGGGCCGGCAUUUCAGGUAUCCUGCGUGAAGUUCUCAGUUGUGAAUGAUUUCUGUAAUAUUUAUACAAAAAUUCUGGUCACUACCAUGUAGCCAUCAAUAGCAAUACUUAGAAGGUAUGACUCUCUGUAGCAAUAUCACAAACAAACCACAGAAAUAAUGAACUAGAUAUUCGCUCACUUCCUUUAUCUAAAGAAAAUGAUGUUAUUAGCUAGACACCAUUUUAUGUGAAUUUAACAGAACACUCUAGUGCCAUGGUGCAUUUUCCAUUAUUCUUGUAGCAAUUUAAUUUCAAGAUUGAAUUAGAUUUCUUUGAAUUAUGUGACCUCAGGAUGUGUUGUUAUUGUUUUGUUUUGUUUUUUUUUCAUUACUAUUAUUAUUACCUGGAGUGCUGUGUAUGUGUUUAUUUACUUCUUCACUGAUAUUUGAGUGUGAUUCGUUUGAAAGCUAUCGAUUGGACCUCACUUACUGUGUUAAUUUUAAAAAAAAAAAAAAAAUUGCAGAAGUA